AUGCCCAUCGACGUCAAUGUAUUGAAUAGUAAUUCGACGAUCAACGAGAUCACGUCGAUCGAAGCGUUCGGCAUUUCGCUUCCGACGAUUUGCCUCGUUUUCUAUCAUAUUCAUGUGUUUCGCCAACGAAAGGACUAUGAGGAAUAUCUUCUCACGCGCGGCCUCAACAAAUUUCUGCUGCGCAUCGCCGUCGUUGUGAAUUUAGCGAGAAUCACGCGCAUCGCCAACGCCAUCGUCGACAAUUUGGCGAUCGACGAGAAAUAUUUGUACGUUGUCGUAUUCGUCUAUCGGGUCCCAACGAUAACAAUUCAGACAAUCGCGAACGCUGGCGCGAUUUUCAUCGCGUCGCCGACGAUUCCCGCCGUGUUGCUCGUGCUCAGCGUUCAACGCUACACUGUAGUCUCCGCCACGUUCAAAUGCGUGUCCAAGUUUCGCAAAUUCGUCGAGAAUUCUCGAGAUUUCUGGCUAGUCGCCGCCUCGUCGCUCGGCGUUCUCAACGUGCUCUUCGAGCUUCUCCAAUGCGGAAUCGACAACGUGUUCGGCGUUCGCCAUAUAAGGGGAUGUUGGAUUGUCGAGCUAUUCGCCGAUAGCCAUAUUUGUAAAAAUGGGCGCUUGUCGAACUAUCCGCCGAUUGUACUAAUUAUCAAGAGGAUGUAUUUCAUAUGCAACUUAAUUAUUCCGAUAAUUACCCUAAUUAUGUUCAUAAUUGUGCUGCGCAAAAUGUCCAAGGUUCACGCCUACUCGGGACGCAAAAAAUACGAGGAAAUCAAUAUUGUUUGCCAAUCUGCGCCUAUAUUAAUCGUCCCGUUUAUGCAAUUAAUUAUUGUGUCGACGCUUUUCUCAAUAUUCCACGUGGAUUCGUUUGAAUUCAUCGGAAUCGAUUGGUGCAAUUUGGACGCGAUUCUGGCGAUCAUUCCCAUCGCUUACAUUUUCGGCAAAAUCGACGAGACGGCGAUGUUGAGGCGAAUCGAGAAUCAGCUUCACACGCGUCCAAUCACCAAAUUUCUGUUGCUCGUCCAUUUUGCGGUCAGCCUUCACGAAUUGAUUCCGAUCACGAUUUACGCCUUCAAUAACGUGCCGAUCCUUGUGAACGCCGACGUGCACGUCGUCGCCAUCCUUUUAUUCGGUUCGACGUGUGUCGAGUUCGCCGCGAAGCUCGCCAACUAUUUCGUCGAAUCGCCGACAAUUCCCAGCGUGUUGCUCGUGUUCAGCGUUCAACGCUACAUUGUAGUCUCUCAAAAGAAGGCUUACCACAAAUUUGGGUCCAAGUUUGAGCCGCGCUAG